AUGAGGGCAAACCAAUCUUGGUAUGUGAUCUUUGUAUUUGAUGGACUCACAAAUGACCCCACGUUAGAACUGUCUCUCUUCAUUAUGUUCCUGCUGAUCUACACCUUCACAAUCCUAGGGAAUGGCGGGCUGAUUGUUCUGAUCAUGAAAAGCCCUAUUCUACACACGCCCAUGUAUUUCUUCCUAAAGCAUUUAUCUUUCAUAGAUAUGUGUUACACCUCUGUCAUCAUCCCAAGAACUCUCUCAGAUAUUCUCUCUACGAGGAAGACCGUUACAUUAUUGGCUUGUGUUGUACAAUUAUAUUUUUACUCGUCCCUUUUUAUCUCUGAGGUCUAUCUGUUAUCGGCUAUGGCUUGUGACCGUUAUGUUGCCAUAUGCAAACCGUUACUUUACCAUCUUAUAAUGAAAAAAGAGAAAUGCGUUCUAUUAAUUGGUAUAUGCUUUGCAAUUGGCUUCUCUGAAUCUGUGAUACACGCGAAGAAUACAUUCAGCCUUAUCUACUGCAACACCCACAUAGCUCACUUCUUCUGCGAUAUGCCCCCUGUCCUUAAAUUGUCCUGCACUGAUACCACCGUGACUGAGCUCGUUGUUUUUGUAGUUGUAGGAUUUAACUCCUUUGUUUGUGUAUCUGUCAUUGUUAUAUCUUACAGUUACAUAUUCUGUGCUAUACUUAGAAUCCAAUCUGCACAAGGAAAAUUGAAAGCAUUCACGACUUGUUCUUCUCACUUGAUCUCUACAGGAACAUUAUUCGGAACUCUGAUCUACAUGUACAUGCGCCCAAACUCCAGUUAUUUGAAUGAUCAGGAUAAGGUGGUGUCUGUUUUCUAUACAAUGGUAAUCCCUAUGUUAAAUCCAAUUAUUUACAGCUUUAGGAACAAAGAUGUACAGAAAGCAUUUGUGAAACUAACAAGACUAAAAACAGAAGAAUAAUUAUAAACACUGAGCAGGUCCGUCUAUACCUACUGUAUUCAUUCGUGAACCAUGUCCUAGACGCACCUUCAAGGAUAAAAACUGGACAGUACUGGACAGCCUUUCUCUUGUAAAUGGAACAAUAUCCUUAUAAA